AUGUUUUCACCGGGUUCGCUGGCGCGAGUUUCUCAGUUGGUGGCAAAAGAAAACGUACGAAUGUACAACAGCACUCGAAAUGCCUUGAAAAUCAAUAAAAAUACGAAGGUCAUCAUUCAAGGAUUUACUGGAAAGCAGGGAACGUUCCAUGGAAAACAGAUGCUCGAGUAUGGCACGAAGGUGGUAGGUGGAGUAAACGCCAAAAAGGCCGGCGAAAAACACAUGGGUUUGCCGAUUUUCCGGGAUGUUAAGGAAGUAAGUGGAGUUAUGUAUUGA